CCGUCAUCAGCUUGUUUCGAGCAAUCCCCACAGCUAUCCUUGCUCGAUACUGUUUAAACCAUUUGAGCCAGCCGCGCUUCGACCGCUAGCAACCGUUUCACUAUGUACGUUGUCGCACAGAUCACUACCUUUCCACUGUUGUGUAACAAUUCUUUCACCUGCUCGAUGCCUAACCGCAGCCUCACCUCUUCUAGCAUACAUCUACCACUACUUUGUCUUCUCUCUUUUCUUCUAAUCCGCGCCAGACUAUCUCCUCAAUUCCGUCGAACAGCCAUCGUAUCCCACAUAACCAAAUCACUUCAUUAAAUUCAACACCAUGAAAUUCGCAACCUCCAUCCUCACUCUCGCCCUCGCUGCCCUCACCGUGGCCACUCCCCUCGCCAACCCCAGCCCGGUUGCCGAUCCCGUCGCCGCACCCCAAGUCACCCCUCCACCAGUCGACAAGCCCAACUGCCGGGACUGCGACAACAACUUUACCAAGUGCCGUCUUUCCAAGUCAUGCUGGUUCAACCCUCAGGCUUGUGACCAGACUUGCCGUGCGGAUACCUGCCGCCUGUUUGACGGAUUCUGCAAGGCCAACUGCGGCUACACAAACUGCUAG